AAAAAAGCAGUUUGUUCUUUGCUUUCAUUUCAGACCCUUCUUCUUCACACUCAAAUCCAAAUCGCGAAAAAUGUCAACAAAAUCUCUAAGACCCACAAAACCCCCAAUCCCACACUCAUCAAGAUCACCACUUUCUUCACAUUUAGCCAUCAUUGAACUUAAACAAAGAAUCUUGAAUUCCUUGUCAAGGCUUUCCGACAGAGACACCCAUGAAAUCGCAGUCGAAGAUCUCGAAACCGUCAUUAAAACCGCCUCCUCCGACACCCUUUCCUUAGUACUAAACACCCUUUUCGAGUCAAUUAAUGAAACCACAACUAACACACCACCUGUCAAAAAAGAAGCAAUUAGGCUGCUUUCUUUCAUAUGUACUUGUCAUACUGAAUUGGCAGCUGCCCAUUUGAAAAAGAUUAUAACCAACAUUGUAAAAAGACUUAAAGAUUCCGAUUCGGGUGUUAAAGAUUCUUGUUGUGAGUCAAUUGGGCAGCUUUCUUGUUUAUAUUUGAAGGGUUUGAAAGAAAAAGAAAAUGCGAAUAUUGGGUCGAUUGUUUUGCUGUUUGUUAAGCCGUUGUUUGAUUCGAUGAAUGAACAGAAUAAAUCAGUGCAAUCUGGUGCAGCAAUGUGUUUGGGUAAAAUGAUUGAUAUGGCUUCUGAUCCACCUGUUCUGAAUUUUCAAAAGCUUUGUACUAAGAUCUGCAAGUUUCUUAAUAGCCCGAAUUUCUUAGCUAAUUCUGCUCUUUUGCCCGUCGUAUCAAGUCUUUGUCAGGUUGGCGCUAUUGCUCCACAAGCUUUGGACCCAUUGUUACAAAGUAUCCAUGACUGUCUCAGUAGUUCUGACUGGACAACCAGAAAGGCGGCUGCGGACACAUUGAAUGCCAUGGCUUUGCAUUCAAGUAACUUGAUAAUAGAAAAACCGACUGCUACAAUAACAAUACUUGAAACAUGUCGUUUUGAUAAGAUCAAACCAGUGAGAGAUAGUAUAACAGAGGCGCUUCUACUGUGGAAGUUUAUUGCAGAAGGUCAUGAAGAUCAAAAAACAUCCAGUCCUCAUCAGGAUUCUGAGCCAGCUAAAUUGUCAAAAAAUAUUCUAACAAGGGUAAUUCCUUUUACCCAAAAGUUGUCAAAAAAGAUCCUUCCAAAAUCAGAUGAUAAACAAAUAGAGACCCCAGUGAAGGAUGGUCAAAACAGUGAUCAAAAUGUCCCUGAAAAAACAAUAGGAACGAAAAAAAAGGCUCCAACUUUAAGUGAUAAGGAGCUGAACCCUGAAUUCUUUCAGAGACUUGAGAGAAGGGUUUCAGGUGAAGUUGAAGUUGUUGUUAAUCGUCGGUUGUCCAGUUAUUUUCAAAAUGAAGAGUUGCAGGAGGUCAAUAAAGAGAAUGAUGAGGGGGAAAAGUCAAAUUCAAAAGAGAGCUACCAGCUAGAUGCACAGGUCAACCUGCAAGCCCGUAGUGUGGAAAAAGGAGGAGAUGGCAUUGGUCCUUCUUUUAGACGCCGAGAACCUGAUAAUAAUGAAAUUCUGUUGGGCAUUCAGAGGCAAUUACUUCAUAUGGAGAGAAAGCAGGCUCAUCUCAUGAAAUUGUUGCAGGAUUUUAAGGGCGGAUCUCGUGAUGGUAUGGUAACUCUGGAGAACAGAGUAUGGGGUCUAGAGAGAGUUGUUGAAGAGAUGGCAUGUAAUAUAUCAUCAUCAAUGAGUGCUUUUAGAAGCAGUUCUUAUCUGAAUGGCUUUGAAGAUUCUUCAAUCAGAUCAUCAAAGUACAAUGGAUUUUCUGACUAUUCUAAUACAAGAUUAGGGAGAAAUGAUAAUGGGAUGUCUUACAUGGGAAGGGGUUCUUCUUGGGGUUAUCAUACACAUGGUUCAAACUCUCAAAUGGGCUCAAUAAGAGCUACAAAUAGAUCACCUAUACGGGUCGGGCCGGUUAGGGUUGGAGAGGGUCCAUCAGCAAGAAGUGUUUGGCAAGCAUCAAAAGAUGAAGCCACUUUAGAAGCAAUUAGAGGGGUUGUACCUAAAAAGAAAGCAGAAGUGUCAGGAAAUGAAAACCUUGUGCAAAAUCGAGACCCAGUUUUGAGUGCUUGGAGAAAUGCAAUGGAUGGAGUUGAUUUGGGCGACAUGGAUAUGGCGUUUGGUGAAGUUUUGUCUAGUGGGGAUGAUCUUUUGCUUGUGAAACUAAUGGAUAAAACCGGACCUUUGAUUGACCGGCUCUCGAGUGAAGUAGCAAGUGAAGUUUUGCAUGCAGUUGCACAGUUUCUUUUAGAACCAAACUUGUUCGACAUCAGUUUAUCUUGGAUUCAACAGUUGCUAGAUACGAUUGUAGAGAAUGGAGCAGAUGUUGUGGACAUCCCUAUGAAAGUGAAAAAGGAGAUUUUGGUAAAUUUAAAUGAAGCUUCAUCAACCAUUGACCCUCCUGAGAACUGGGAAGGUUUGAUGCCUGACCAACUUUUAUCACAACUAGCAUCAUCCUGGGAUAUUAAUCUACAACAGCUAAACAAAUAGCGAGUCUGUUUGAUCAUUGCUUAUUUUAGGUGAUCAAUCAUUCAAUCUAAUAGGUGUAUGAAUGUUUCUGAUUCAGAUUGUAUAGAAGACCUGAGGUUUAUAGUCACCAUAGUUUCUUUUUUGAACAAAAGUGUAACGGAUUGGUUUUAUGUGUGCUUUUAAUGUAAUAUGAAUAUAUGAGAAACAUGGACACAUUAUGUGUUCAGUAAUAGUUUCUUUUUUGAA